ACGUACAUUUUUGUUGCCCAUUAGUCAAAUGUAAACAUUUCAUUAAUUUGACCCGAAACAUGGACUUUCAAAAAGGAAUUAGUGACUGGGAUGUUAGCACCAGUGAAAAGGUCGAUGAAGCAUUGGUGCGCUUAGCCCAGGAGGAGGAAUUGGCAAAUGCCCGUCUGGAAACAUUGCUGACCCAUCAAUGCCAGAUAGAGGCGAAAAUGAGCGGUAUAGGACGUGCCAUGGCUACACUCUUAGCGGUGGAAAGCGAUUCCAAAAACCUGAACGCACAAAUCGUAAACACCGCCAAAUUGGCGGAAUCGGUCAGUGCUAAGGUGCGACGUCUGGACUUGGCCAGGUGUCGGGCGUCAGAGUGUCAGCAACGUGUGCACGAUUUAAUUGACUUGCAGCUGUGCAGUCAGGGCGUUGUGAAGGCGAUAAGUGAUGGAGAGGAGGAUUACGAGAAAGGAGCAGCUCACAUUGCACGUUUUCUGGCUAUGGAUCAACAGUUACUUCAACGCACGGCAGAUGAUGUCCAGGGAUCGUUUACGUCUGUAAGUGAUGCGGUGCGCACCUUAGAAGAGGCCACCGAAAAGAUGCAAACCCAAAUCUCUAGACGCUUUGAUGAAGCUGUAGACAACGAUGAUCUGGCGUCCGUUGAAAGAUUUUUCAAGAUAUAUCCACUCGUCGGCUGUCAUGGCAUUGGUAUUGAGAAAUUUUCAAAUUACAUUUGCAAAAAGCUGUCAGUCAAGGCACAGAAGGAAUUAAGGAACGCAUUAGACAUUGCAAAAGCUGAGCGGCGACUUCAAUUGGCCUAUGCAGAUCGGUUGACGGCGAUUCUGGAGAACUUUGCUCGAGUUGUGGAAGUCAAUCAGCCUAUUAUCGAAGCAUGUUAUGGCGUAGCAUCGCCGUAUUUGCUGGAUAUGAUUAAAAUACUACAGCGCGAGUGCGACUUGGAAGUCAAAAAUUUGCUGCUGGAAUUUAAUAAGAAUCGUCAAAUUCAAUAUCGGAUUCAGCAAAUAAAAGAGAGUACACAAAGAUCCAGCGGCUCAGGAUCAGCCAGCAGUAAUAUACAGUCCCUAGGCCAUUAUCGAAAGCCAUCGGGAGGUUCUGUCGAUAAACUGAAUCCGAAAGAAAUUGAUGCCAUCAUAGCUGAAAUCACAGUCAUGCAUUCCCGGGUAGAAUUAUAUUUUAGAUUUAUGCGUCGUCGCGUUCAGGCCAAUGCGGAAGCAUGUAUGACGGAAAAGGAAGCACAGAAAGAAAUUCUAGAUUCGUAUAACAACAUUAUCAUAAAAUCUGAUCUUAGCCGUCAGAUGCAGGAAAUUCUCAGCACGUACUUGCUUUUCGAAAGAUAUUUCAUGGAAGAAAGCGUCUUAAAAGCCAUUGCCCUGGACACUUUUGAAGCCGGACAAACAUGUUCUUCGAUGGUUGACGAUGUAUUCUUUAUACUCCGCAAAUCGAUUCGACGCUCCUUCUCAACUCAAUCCAUAAACGGCACCUGUGCAGUAAUAAAUAACGCCGCUUCGAGUCUGGAUGGUGAUUUUGUAAAUGCUCUAAAGACGCCACUGAAGAAUGGUUAUCCAUCGGGCUAUAUUGACUUAGCCCAAGCCUACAAUGCAAUACAAACAACCCUACAGCAAGGGAAGCUGCAAUCGAGUGAUGCUGAUAGAGGUCGAGCGAAUUUCCUGGUGCAAUUAAAUAAUGCAGAUAUAUCGACGGAAUAUAUUGAAACCCUAUGGCAGACAAUGGAGCAGGAGAUUGCUGGAACAUUCCCAAAUAUGAGCUCUGUAGAGCGUCAACUGUUGGACAGUUGCUUAACGGAACUAAAAAAUGUACGCGAUGCACUCAAAGCGACGGUCGACUUUGGAAUGCAGCAGCUGCGAUCGAGCGCCAUUAAGCCUCGCUUGAAUCCUUGGGUUGAUCAAUUUCUUAACUAUAGUCAUUAUCUAACUGAGGAGGAACUUGCGAAAUAUGAGGCUGGGGAAACUUUUGUGCAAUUUCUAAUUGUUCAGUUAGAUGGUUUACUGACCACAUUUAAAAGCUCACUUAGCCCCCGUAAUUACGAUGCGCUUGUCAGCAUAUUGGCAACAGAAGUAACGCUACGAUUGGAACGUGCAAUCAAAAAAAGCACCUUUAAUAGGCUGGGUGGUCUGGUUUUGGAUCAAGAAGUUCGUGCCUUGGGUACAUACUUGACUGGAGCAACGUCCUGGUCUGUUCGUGAUAAAAUGACUCGCUUGUCUCAAAUAGCCACGCUUUUAAAUUUGGAAAAGGUAUCAGAAUUGUCCGAGUAUUGGAAUCCUGAGAGCAGCAACGAUAUGCCAUCUUGGCGGCUAACACCAAACGAAAUUCGCACCAUUCUAACGCUACGAACUGAUUUCCGAAUGGAAGACAUCAAACGAUUACAGCUUUAAGCAGCGUUUAUUUUUUAGUGAUUCCUUAUGUGCAGUUUAUUAUUGCUGAACCAAUGAAUGCAAUCUUAUCUUAAUAAUUUAAUAAUGAAAACCACAUAUGUA